AAUUUUUCUCGUACACCAGUAACAUUAUAGAGAGUGAGUGAAUCUGUAUAAAUAUUCUGUAUUACUAGCUUGUCGGCAAUUAUGGGUGAAGUUGUGGAAGUGAACAUGAGCCCGGUGACCAAGAAAGGGAGAGAGGCAGAAACUCCUUCAAUGACUCGGUCACCACUUCCUGAUUCAUUACCAAAGACCCCUAAAAGUCCAUUUGUUUCCCGUUUUAUGAGUACUCCAUUAGCCAGCCCUAUGAAAAAGGCCAUUAUAAGCAUGCAAGGUUACUUGGAAGAAGUUGGGCACUUCACCAAGCUUGACCCACAGGACGCUUGGCUACCCAUCACGGAGUCAAGGAACGGUAACGCUUACUACUCAGCAUUUCACACACUAUGUUCUGGAAUCGGGGUUCAAGCCCUUGUUCUUCCCUUAGCUUUCAAAACCCUUGGUUGGACAUGGGGGAUCACAUGUCUUUCGCUUGCUUUCACAUGGCAGAUGUACACCUUGUGGUUACUGAUUCAACUACAUGAAUCAGACUCUGGCAAACGCUACAGCCGAUAUCUCCACCUUUGUAUGGAGGCUUUUGGUGAGAAGCUAGGGAAACUGCUUGCGCUAUUUCCAACCAUGUAUCUAUCAGGUGGGACCUGUGUUACACUAAUCAUGAUAGGAGGUGGGACCAUGAAAAUAUUCUACCAAAUCCUUUGUGGAGAGGCAUGCAAAGUAUGUCCACUCUCAACUGUAGAGUGGUACGUUGUUUUCACAUGCUGUGCAGUUGUUCUAGCUCAACUUCCCAACCUGAAUUCAAUUGCUGGAGUUUCCCUAAUCGGAGCCAUCACUGCCAUUAGCUAUUGCACUAUCAUAUGGGUGGUCUCUAUAAACAAAACUAGGCCCAUGGCCGUCUCCUAUGACCCACAGCCACAGGAUACAAAAUUCAACGUGGGAAGGUUUUUCAAUAUUUUUAAUGCGCUUGGGAUAAUCGCCUUCGCUUUCAGAGGCCACAAUCUUGUCCUUGAAAUACAGGGAACCAUGCCUUCCAGCGUGAAGCACCCAUCCCGUGUUCCAAUGUGGAAAGGAGUGAAGUAUGCAUAUGUAAUCAUCGCAAUGUGUCUGUUUCCAAUAGCAAUUGGCGGCUAUUGGGCUUAUGGAAAUUUAAUUCCAGAUGGAGGGAUGCUAAGAGCUUUGCAAAAAUAUCACGGAGAUGACACAUCAAAAUUUCUCCUAGGAUUGACAAGCUUGAUCGUGGUGAUUAACAGUCUAAGUUCAUUCCAAAUAUAUGCAAUGCCAGUUUUUGACAAUCUAGAGGCGAGAUAUACUAGCAAUAGGAACAAGCCCUGUCCAUGGUGGCUCCGCUCGGGUUUCCGCGCCUUCUUUGGAUGUCUUGCGUUUUUCAUUGCAGUGGCACUACCAUUCUUGCCAAGUUUGGCGGGAUUGCUGGGAGGGGUUGCGCUUCCAAUCACCUUAGCAUAUCCAUGUUUCAUGUGGAUACUGAUCAAGAAACCCCAGAAAUAUAGUGGAAUUUGGUUCCUCAAUUGGGCAUUAGGAGUCUUGGGAAUGGUUCUCAGCGUUCUAGUUCUCAGUGGAGCAAUUUGGGGUAUAGUGACCAUUGGAAUAGAGAUCCGCUUCUUCAAGCCCCAAUAAGCAGUAACGAGGGAAUAGUAUGAAAUUUAAACCUUGUUCUUGAUUUCAAAAGUGACCUCUUGGCCUACUACAUAGUGUGGUAGAGGCCUCUCAGAGCCACCAAUGUGUGUAUAAGCAGAAAUAGCAAUGUUCGUGUAACUUUCUGGGAUGA